AUGGUGGGAAUUGCCCGUCAGGUGACGGACUACAUGGUGGAAAGACGGCUUAACCUCAAAGACGACCUGGAUCAGCAGGAUGGGGAUUGCGUGGUAAAGUACCGUGCAAGCGCAUCUAUGGAAAGCCAGUGCCAGGUCCAGUUGAAGAGGCGCCAGAAGGAACACAGGAAAGCCAUCGAACAUGCCGCGGUCCAAGCUGUGCACGGCAACCUGACUGCAACUUGUUUGUGUGGCUCUGCUCCUGCAAGGAGAUGGAUCGCGUCAACCACUUGGCAGCGCAGAAGGAGCUGGUGCAGCCUUUUGCCUGAUCUUUCCGCGUCACCUUCCAUGAAGCAUCAAGUGGAGUCAGACCAAGGCAGCGGGUCAGAGAUCGCGAGCGAGGGCGGCAUCAAGGAUGCAAAGGCCGCAAUCACGCAGUUCAAGAAGUCGCCUGCAGCGUCUGGCGCAGGUCUUGCUGAUAUGGUCUCUAAUCUGCGUUCUGAGACAAGCUGCCAAAGCGCGCGGGAGAAGACCCCGAGCAAUCCACCGACGUCUGCGCAGCCGCGCAAAGUGAGCUUCUCGGCAGAGCUGCCGGCAACUCCAAGCGAAGACGCAAUGUCCAUGUCCGAAGCUGAGAGCCAAUUUCUUGUGGAAGAAGAUGGCAUCUGGAAGGCAUGCGAUGCACAGGAAACGCAUGCCCUGCGCUUGGCUGGUGCCGGCCUGAAGCAGCAGGUCGACUGCAAGGUAGAAGGCAGAUCCUGCGAGUUAGACCUUGGUCGGAAGGUAGAACGCGACAAGGUCACAGGAUUUUGCAGGAAACUGCGAGUACUUCCUCAGGAUGGUGUAGAAGCUGCAGCUGCCGCAGCCGCAGGGGGCCAGCCUGACAUCACGUUUAUGCCCGGGCCACCAGCAAGGGAGGCCUCUCCAUCUCGCGCGAAGCGCACACUGUCUGGAUACUUUGCGCGGACCAGUGAGCCAACGUCUCAGGCCAAAAGCGCUCGGUUGGAACAACCUUUAGAACCUCCACAUCAACCUCCCCAACAAGUUCGGCAUCCUGAUCAAGUUCACUAUGGCAGUGCUGCCAGCUCAAGAGUGGACAUGAGAGUGCCAGAAAGGCAAGAUGCAGUUGACUCGAAGACAGGCCCUUGCCAGCCUGGGCCUUUCACGUCAGUGCACGAGAUUCUCGCCAAUGGCGAUAUUCCGUUCCCCCGCGUCCGCGUGGUGGACGACAGGGGGCUGGUUGGCGACUUCAACUUGGGAGAGGCUCUGGCCUUGGCCAAGCAGCGAAGGACAGACCUUGUCGUCCUCUCAGGGGCGGUCGAUCCGCCGCUCUGUCGGCUGGUAAAUUUGCAUGUUUACAUUGACGAGCUGGAACGUCAAGCUGCCUCGAAAGAGCAACAGCAGCGUGAGCAAAGACUCAGAGAGUUCAGUUUCGACCCAGCCAUGCGUGUCAAAGGUAUGCGCUUCUCUUCGGUUAUUGAUGAGCACGAUUUCGAGCGAAAGCUCAAUCAGGUUCGGAAGUUUCUGGAGAAGGGGCAUCGCGUGGAGGCCCGCAUUCUUCAGAGCCGUGGAAAACCGGAAGACGUGCUGGACCUCGCUUUACGCAUAAUAGCUGAAGUACGGGAUCUGGCAAAGCCUGAAUACUUCGAGGAAAGCAUCCGCGAGCUUCAGGUAGCUAUCCACUCGCCCAAAAGUCUGAAGCGCACAGGCCGCGCCCCACCAGAUGAGCUGCGAAUGCGCCUGUGGCCAUGUACUCCAGCACAGGCAGCUGCUUUCCAACUACCGGCCCACAUCAUAGGCCCUAGAAGGCGGCGUGGACCGGCAAUCGUUGGUGUUGAUGAUGGCCCACAAGACGACGACGCGUGGAAGCUCAAUCGACGGCUUUGGAAAAGACUUCGCAAGAUUGGGACCCGUCGUGACCGCCAUGACUUUGCUGCGACAGUGUUCGGCGAAAGCUCCAACCAGCUGGCCAGCUGCAAGGCUAACGACAACGUCCUUCAAUGCAUCCAGAGUGGAAACGAAAGGAUCGCCUCCAUUUUCGAGGAGAUGAGUGUUGUACAGAAGUUGCGUCGGGCCUAUGCCAAAGCUGCACAGGCGCUCCGAGUCCAUGGAGAGCCAAUUGCCAGCGGCGCCCAAGCCAAAGGCAUCGCAGGCAUCGGCUCUGGCAUGGCCGGUCGAAUUGACGUUAUUCUGGCGACGGGUGAGCUCAGUGAGCUGGAGGAGUUGAAGCGUGACAGUGAUGUCAUCGCGCUGCGUGAGCUGCGGUCAGUGCACGGAAUUGGAGCAGUUCGUGCAGCUGAGCUCGUAGAGAGAGGAAUCCGGUCCCUGGCACAUUUGCGAGAAGCUGUCGCCAAAAACCAGGUUCAUUUGGACGCUGCUCAGGUGGUUGGACUUCGGCACUGUGAAGAGUUCAUGAAGAGGAUACCCUAUGCAGAGAUGUUGGAGCAUCAUCAGAAGCUGGAAGCUCUUCGAUUGAAAAACAAUCCUUCGCUACUGCUUACUGUUUGUGGCUCCUAUCGGCGUGGACGGCCAGACUGCGGCGACAUAGAUGUGCUGAUCAGCCACCCUGACUACACAACUGCAAAACGAGAUGCGAAUGCCGGGGGUAAGCUCCUGCAUGGCUUUGUGGAGUCCCUGAAAACAAGUGGGUAUGUCACAGCGGACUUGGCGUUCGGCAACACAAAGUUCAUGGGUGUUUGCAGGUUAUCCGGAGAAGACCGGUUGCACCGACGGCUUGACAUCCGCUGCCUGCCCAAAGACCAGUACCAUUUCGGGAUGCUGUAUUUCACUGGCAGCGCGGCACUUGGAGUCAAGAUGCGUCUGAAAGCUAUCGAAAUGGGCCUCACGCUGAGCGAGUAUGGGCUGGAGAACCGUCGAACUGGCGAGAAGGUCGCUGCCAACUCAGAGAAGGACAUCUUCCGAACUUUGGCCUGA